AUGGUGGCGUGGACGACAGUGUCGGCAGGCGACCUGGCCACAGAUGAGUUUACCCCCAGAAGCUACGACGGAGUCGGGAACAACGANUUUCCCCCCCCCCCCACCCAAGGAAUGGUGGCGUGGACGACAGUGUCGGCAGGCGACCUGGCCACAGAUGAGUUUACCCCCAGAAGCUACGACGGAGUCGGGAACAACGAGGCGAAUCCGACCUGGGGGGCGGUCGGGGCUAUCGAGGUCUGUUGCUUGAAGGGCUCUCGACAACAACGGCAUCGUGCCAUCGAGCGAACGACGACAACAAUUACCAUGCCAGCAGGCUGCCCCGUUUAUCCGCCAAGCGUUACUGUUCCCCCCGACUACGCCGACGAGCUGUUCACUCCUCCGGGGGAUCUGACAAGACCGACCGCCAGGGAGGUGAUGACCGACGUAUUUCUAGCCUCGCCACCAGCUGUGUCCACGGAGAGCGCCCUCUUCGUCGCGUGGGCGCAGCUGCUGACUUACGACCUGUCUCUGGCCGUUGACAUCUCCUCCGAACCCUUCGAUAUCGCCUGCGACGACGGUGAAAGGGUGGAAGGAGCAACGGGGCGGAGGGAAACAGACAUCUGGUGCCCCCUAGGGGGUAGCACAGAUCCCAUCUCCUUCUUCAGGUCGGACGCGGGUCUGUCAGACGACGAUGGCACCAACAGUGCGGAGACCAGGAGCCCCGUGAACUACGCGACGGCUUUCAUCGGCCUGGACUUUGUGUACGGCCGGAGCGAGGAAGACGCGGCGACCCUGAGGUCUUCGGACGGGAACGGUUUCAUUACCAUCCCCGACCAGCGAACGGCCCGCUUUCUGGUGACCUUCGCCCUGCACGUCGUGCUGCUCCGGGAACACAACCGCUGCUGCGUCGAGAUCGAACCGGGCGAGGGUGCGAAGACUGAUGAGGACAUCUACCAGGCGUGCCGGGGCUGGACUAUUGCGGUUUUCCUGCACAUCACGAAGAACGACUUCCUUAUCCGUCUCCUGCGGGGCAGCGUCUCGGACUUCGUUGAGACCUCGUCUUUAACGUCGUCGGCAUCGUCGUCGUUGUCAUCGUCAUCAGCAGCAGCAGCGUCAGGGCUAUCGAGCGACGAUGGUGGUGAUACUGGCUCCAGUGGCAGGCGAAUAAGGAGGAAAUCAACGAAGGAGAAAGAACAAGAUGCAUUAGGUGGGAUACUGGCGAGGGGGAUAUAUGAGGGGUGCGCUGACACCUUCACGCUAACGGCGGGGGCGGUAGCCUUCGAGUCUGCUCUCCCGCCGACCGUGCGCGUUGUGGCAGAGGGCUACGAGUCCACUCGCAUCCCGUGUUUGGUACUCGAGCUUCAUCGCUCGAACGCUUCUACCAACUCGCUGUUCCAGGUUGCGGACGUCUUGCGAGGUGCCGUACUGUCGCCAGUGUUGGCGGCCGAUUCUCACUUCACCACGGCUGUCUCGAACGGGUCUCCGCUUUUCAAGCUCCCUGUGGACGCUGUCCAGCGGGGUAGAGACCACGGGCUCCCAACCUACAACGAUGCACGACAGGUGAAUAGAGCACCUGCAGAUCGCACAUCGGGACGAAAGAAAAGUGCGCGAGAGGAUGAGGUGCUGAGGGCGUCUACCAUCGCUGCAGAGCUGUAG